AUGGCUGAGAUUUGUUGUGGUGUUGUUGGAGGAGGAGAAACUCCUGCUCCAAAUAUCGAACCAAACUCGCGGCCUUCCCGUCGCCGGAGUUUGGAUUUUCUUCCGUUGAAAUACAUAGACGUGGCGAUUCCGGCUGAGAAUGUUAGCCGGAAACGUCAGAAGGUAGAUCUACUUGUUUCUCUUCCUCCGCCACAGGAGGAAUCAAACAAAAACGAAGUUGUUCCUGUUGUGAAUUGUUUGAAUGUUUCUGAGAUGGAAAAGGAGGUUGUUGUUGUUGAAGAGUGUCCUAAGUAUGGAAUAACAUCGGUUUGUGGAAGGAGAAGAGACAUGGAAGACGCUGUUUCGGUGCAUCCAUCUUUUUGUAAAGAAAAGAGUGAACAGAAUCAAAAACCGUUUCAUUUCUUUGGUGUCUACGAUGGUCACGGUUGCUCACAUGUUGCAACUAUGUGUAAACAAAGGUUACAUGAAAUCGUUGACGAUGAGGUAAACAAAGAGAAAGAGAAAGUUGACUGGAAGUCAACGAUGGAGAAGAGUUUCAUUCGCAUGGAUGAAGAGGUUUUGAAAUCUAGCAAAACUACUCAGAGCUUUACAUGCAAGUGUGAGCUUCAAACUCCUCACUGUGACGCCGUUGGUUCCACCGCCGUCGUCGCUGUUGUCACGCCGGAGAAAAUUAUCGUCUCCAAUUGCGGCGAUUCUCGUGCCGUACUUUGCCGGAACGGUGUAGCUAUUCCUCUUUCCACCGAUCACAAGCCGGAUCGACCCGAUGAAUUGGAUCGGAUCAAUUCUGCUGGAGGACGUGUGAUCUAUUGGGAUGGUGCAAGAGUGCUUGGAGUGUUGGCCAUGUCAAGAGCCAUUGGGGACAAUUAUUUGAAGCCGUAUGUUAUUUCGGAACCUGAGGUAACGGUAACAGAGAGGAUGGACGAGGAUGAAUGUCUGAUUUUAGCAAGUGAUGGGUUAUGGGAUGUGGUGCAAAACGAGACUGCGUGUAGGGUGGUGCAGAUGUGUCUCAAGGCGGAGAAGACGGCGUCGCCACCGGGGUCUCCGGGGAGUGAUGUGGUGGGAGAUGGUUCCGAUAAGGCGUGUUCUGAUGCUUCAAUUUUGUUGACGAAGUUGGCUUUGGCGAGGCAUAGUUCGGACAAUGUUAGCGUGGUGGUUGUUGAUUUGAGGAGACAUCAACGUCAACAAUAA